AUGAAGAUACUGCAGGUCAACCUCAAUCAUUGCGAGGCUGCGCAUGACUUGCUUAUACAAACCGUGCGCGAACUAGAGCUUGACUUAGUACUGAUAGCAGAACCAUAUAAACAUCUGAGUACCCAACCCUGGGAAUCGGACAGUACCAAAAAAGCUGUCAUUUGGUCCUGUGACAAAUUACCAUUCCAGAAGGCAGUCAACAACAGAGAAGCCGGAUUUGUAGCAGCAUGGGUAGAUGGAAUUCGUUUCUACAGCUGCUAUGCCCCGCCGAGUCUUUCUUUGGAACAAUUCAUCGAUUUUCUUGAUUGUCUAACCGAAGAUGCAAGGCAACACUUUCCCGUAGCAAUAGCAGGUGACUUCAAUUCCUGGGUAGUAGACUGGGGCAGUAAGCUCACCAAUGCACGAGGAAAGGCUCUACUUGAAGCGAUGGCCACACUAGAUGUUGUCCUCCUUAACACUGGUGAAACACCAACGUAUUCAAAAGGAGAGGCAAGCUCUAUAGUGGAUCUUACAUUCGUCAGCAGCAGUCUUACGAGAGGAAGUUAUUCUUGGGUAGUUAUGAACACCUACACUACCAGCGACCACUACGCCGUCCUUUGGGAAGUAUCAACUGGCCAGAGCCCUCGAAGAGCAACCAGACAAACUGACGCAGUUGAAUGGAAAGUGAAAGCUUUUGACCCAGGUACUUUAAUAAUAGCCUUAGAUAGCAACCCGACUACCACAGGGAGUGCUGAAGAGAAAGCAAAAGAACUAAUGAAGAGAGUGACCCAAGCCUGCGACGCUUGUAUGCCCCGGACACGUGGCAUGAAUCAUCGAUCUUCGGUACACUGGUGGAACGAUAACAUCAGCACUCUUCGUAAAGAGUGUUUUAAAAGAAAAAGAAUAUCUCAGCGUGGCUACCGUCGACCUAACUCUGCAGAACUGGUGGCAGAGUACAAAAAGGCCCGUCGAGAAUUGAAUAGAGCCAUUAAGGAUAGCAAAAGACGCUGUUGGAAGGAACUCAUCGAAGAGGUAGAGAAAGAUCUGUGGGGCAGACCGUACAAGGUGGUCAUGACCCACCUGAAAUGUCAACCAAUGCCGUCACCUACAUGUCCACAGCUACUAGAGAAAAUAGUCUGUACGUUGUUUCCUCAGCAACGUGAGUUGAUCUAUUCGUCACUGCAGCCUGACCCUAAAGACAUCCCACCUGUCACAGAGGAGGAAUUGAUGGAGGCAUGCAAUCGUAUAGGGAAUAAUAACGCGCCGGGAUUGGAUGGAAUUCCAAACAUUGCUUUAGUAACAUCUAUUAAAGCAGUGCCGGCAUUAUUCAUAGAUACCUAA